CCAUAACACAACACAGGGAGAGACCAGCUAUACAGCUCCCCUUUAAACUACACCAGGACUUUUUCCUCCCCUAUCAAAACUUCACCUCAACAUCCUUCAAGAUGAACCGCAAAGAGUCCGUGUGCAGAAACCUGUUUGGCUCAGUGGAUCACGAGCAGCUGCGCCGGGAUUUGAAGCAGAGGCUGAAGGAGAUCGCGGAGCAGGACAGCCGCCGAUGGAACUUUAACUUCCAUACUGACACGCCGCAGUGUGGCAGGUUUCAGUGGGAGGAAAUCCCCGCAGACUGCGCUGCUGCUGUGUAUCAGGAGUCUGUAGAGCUGAAGGAGGAAGCUGCCUGUUCCCUAAAAACCGAGGAGGCUGACAGGUUGAGCGCCAGCGAGGAGAGCGCAAAGACGGACCAGGAGAACUGCUCCAGCAUCUCCAACACGCGCAAGUGUCCCGCUGAAGUGACGCCUGUCCGGAGGAAGAGGAUUUACGCAAAGUCUGCACCCAAGCCCAGAAACAACGCGAGAAUUACAGAUUUCUUCGCAAAGAGAAGGAGGUCCACAGACACAAAGAGCAUCGUGAAUCCUUUCCACACAAGUUCCAGUGAAGCAGCUCUGUGCAAAACAAUAAGAUGAGCCUGCUCAUAAAACGAACUGUUUGUGUUUCUACACAAUAUUUUCAUGGACUGAGCCUAAGCCUAUUCUACUAUUCACUGCAACAAAAUGAUUUGUAAUCUUAUUUUAUUCUAUUUUAUCUUUUCUGAUGUCAUUUUAUUUUAUUUCAUUACCUUUUCAUUUUGAAUGAAUUGUGGUAAAAUGAUACCACUCUGUGAUAUUUAUUUUAUUUAUGAACUUCUAUUUAAUUUCUCUGCAUUUGUUCAUGGAUGAAGUCACAAAUAAGCUUUUAAAUUGUGUCUUUCUUCAUCUCCAUCAGUGUUAUAAUUUUUGUUUCUGUAUGUUUCUUUGCCUUUUUUUUUUCCAAUCUUGUUGGUGAAUGUCUGUAUGCUGCUUCUGUUGAUUAUGAAAAGCACUAUUUUGUAUGAAUUUAAUAUGAUGCAGAUCAACGACUUUGUAAAUGCCUAAAUAUUGCAAUCUCAAUAAACUAUUUUUCUUGA